AUGAAUAUCCUGGAAUGGGCAUUCGGAAAGCGCAUUACGCCUGCGGAGCGUCUGCGCAAGAACCAGCGCAUGCUCGAUAAGGCCAUCCGAGAACUUGAUCAGACACGAGUUAAGCUGGAGAAGCAAGAAAAGACCCUUAUCCAACAAAUCAAAACAAGCGCCAAGAAUGGACAAAUGGGAGCUUGCAAGAUCCAAGCCAAGGACUUGGUUCGUACGAGGCGAUACGUCGAGAAAUUUUACAGCAUGCGCAGUCAACUACAAAAGAUUUCGCUGCGUCUCCAGACAUACAGGACGAACGAAGACAUGAUGCAGGCUAUGAAGGGUGCCACCAGGGCUUUGGGAAGCAUGAAUAAGCAAAUGAACCUGCCCCAGCUGCAACGAAUCGCAAUGGAGUUUGAGCGCGAGAACGACAUCAUGGAUCAACGAUCUGAGAUAAUGGACGAUGUAUUUGACGACGCCAUGGAUGUGGGGGUUGAAGAAGAAGGUGAUGAGGUGGUAGAACAAGUCUUGGAAGAGAUCGGUGUGGAUUUCAAUCAAGCACUUGGAGAAACCCCCACUGCAUUGGGAACCGCAGCAGUACCCGAGGGCAAGAUUGCUCAAGCAGUAGGAGGCGGUGGUGGUGGUGGCGGCGGCGGCGGUGACCCCGUUGAUGAUGACCUUCAAGCUAGACUGGAUAGUCUGCGGAAGUAG